AUGGGGGACUGGAACUUCCUCGGGGGGAUUUUGGAGGAGGUCCAUAUCCACUCCACCAUGGUCGGAAAGAUCUGGCUCACCAUCCUGUUCAUCUUCCGGAUGUUGGUCCUGGGCGUCGCCGCGGAGGACGUCUGGAACGACGAGCAGUCGGACUUCAUCUGCAACACGGAGCAGCCCGGCUGCAGGAACGUCUGCUACGACCAGGCCUUCCCCAUCUCCCUCAUCCGCUACUGGGUGCUCCAGGUGAUUUUUGUGUCCUCGCCCUCCCUGGUGUACAUGGGCCACGCCAUCUACCAGCUGCGCGCCCUGGAGAAGGAGCGCCAUUGCAAGAAGGUGGCUCUGCGGCGCGAGCUGGAGGCGGUGGACGCCGAGAUGGUGGAGGUGAAGAGGAGGAUCGAGAAGGAGAUGAGGCAGCUGGAGCAGGGGAAGCUCAACAAGGCGCCUCUGAGGGGCUCGCUGCUCUGCACCUACGUGGCCCACAUCGUCACCCGCUCGGUGGUGGAGGUCAGCUUCAUGAUGGGUCAGUACGUCCUCUACGGACACCGCCUGAACACCCUGUACAAGUGCGACCGGGAGCCGUGUCCCAACGUGGUGGACUGCUUCGUGUCCAGGCCCACAGAGAAAACCAUCUUCAUGAUGUUCAUGCAGGUCAUCGCCUGCAUCUCCCUGUUCCUCAGCCUGCUGGAGAUCAUGCACCUGAGCUUCAAGAAGAUAAAGAAGGGCAUCCUGGACUACUAUCCUCACCUGAAGGACGACCUGGACGAGUAUUACGUCAACAAGUCGAAGAAGAACUCGGUGGUGCAUCAGGUUUGCGUUGGAACAUCAGUUGGACGUAAGAGUACGAUCCCCACAGCUCCCAGUGGUUACACCUUACUGCUGGAAAAGCAGGGCAACGGGCCCAACUACCCCCUCCUCAGCGCCUCCUCCGCCUUCGUCCCGAUCCAAGGAGACCCCGGAGCGAAGACGGACAGCCACAAGGACAUGAUGGAGGGGGUGCCGAGCCCCACGGAGCAGAACAGCAACUCCAACAACACCAGCAGUGAGACCCGCUCGCCUCCUGUGGACAAACAGGACGAACCCGAGGAGCGCUCGUCGUCGCACCACGAGGACCUGGAGUGUGGGAGCUCCGAGUACCCCACCCUGCCCGUGACGGACACCUCCACCUGCACCGCGCUGUCAGCCAUGGGCAGGAAGGCCCGGAGGCCCAGUCCGCCGUGGAACUGCUCCACGGUGAUGGAGGGGAACUGCUCGGACAGCGGAGACUCCUACCACGGCACCGGCAGCAUGAAGCUCCGCAGCAGCUGUGCUGGCCCCAGAGCCAGGGUGCUCUCCAAGUCGGACUCGAAGAGGACGAGCAGGUCCCAGAGUCCAGACUCCGUGGGGGAGCUGAGCUCCAUGUCACGACACAGCCGGGACAGUAACAGUCCAACCACGUCCUCUCCAAACCGAAGAGUGUCAGCGGCGAGCAGCGGCAGCAGCAGACGGGCUCCGAACGACUUGCAGAUCUAA